AUGGAAGUCAACGGUAGUACUAAUGCUACCUCUGCCGCCGCCGCCAAGACGAGGUCACGCAGACGAGCCGCCUCCUCAAGUCAGAAGCGACGAUGCAUUAGCACAGCAUGCGUUGCUUGCCGCAAACGCAAAUCGAAGUGUGACGGCGCCUCGCCCAGCUGCGCCGCUUGCGCCAGCGUUUAUGGUACCGAGUGUAUUUAUGAUCCAAAUUCAGACCACCGCCGCAAGGGCGUCUAUCGCGAGAAGGUAGACACAAUGAAAGCACGCAGUGCCACUCUGCAGAUUCUUGUCGAAGCUAUCCUUAAUGCCUCAGAAGACAACGUUGCCUCUGUAGUCGACAGGAUUCGCUCUUGCGAUGAUCUGGAGGCCCUCGCCCAGUCCAUCGUGAACCAAGAUUCGGACAGCGGAGUGACCGCGUCUAACGAGAUAAACGACGAUGACGUCGAUCCUUCUGCCCUCAAGGGUGAGGAGGAACUGGCCCGCAAGAUGGGUGAACUUCGAUUCGAGAACGGAUCUGUGCGCUUUAUUGGUGGCACUUCUCACCUUCUUCACCUGGGAGAUGCCCAAAACGAUGCCGUUGAGUCAGCUCAUGAGACUGGGGAACAAUCCUCAGGUGACGAUCCCAUAGCUUCCUGGACGCGAGUCACCAGCGACGCUAACCUCAUCACGCACUUGAUGGGGAUGUAUUUCAAUUAUCACUACUCAUAUUUCACCACUUUAUCUAAGAAGCUCUUCAUCAGGGACUUCACUGCGGGCCUGGCAAAUGUGGCCUCCCGGAACGGUACCGCAUACUGCUCGCCACUCCUGGUCAACGCUAUGCUUGCUCUUGGUUGUCACUUCACUGAUGUUGCCGGGGCUUUUCUAACGCCGGGAGACGCUAGAACGAAGGGCGAUCAUUUCUUUGCCGAGGCCAAGCGCCUUAUUCUGCAAAGUGACGAGUUUGCCAGACCGCGCCUCGUCACCGUGCAAGCUCUGGCACUGAUGUCUGUAAGAGAGGCUGGCUGUGGCAGAGAGGCCAAGGGAUGGGUCUACAGCGGAAUGAGCUUCCGUAUGGCUCAAGAUAUUGGCCUGAAUCUCGAAGUCAUGAGCUCUGACAGAGAGCACAUGUCCAACGAAGAAAUCGAUGCCAGAAAGAUCACAUAUUGGGGCUGCUUUGUCUUUGACAAGUGUUGGUCUAACUACAUGGGUAGGCUACCUCAGCUUGUCAAGACCGCAUGUAACGUCACAAAAUUCAACAUCGACAAUGAAGAAGACUCGUCAACGUGGUCCCCAUUGUCAGAUAAGGGCCUCGAUAAGUCGUUUGAGCUACCGUCGAGAACGCGGUCAGCUGCGUUGCAGCUUAUUAGCAUUUGUGAGAUUAGCAGCGACCUCAUGGUCUUCUUCUACCACCCCAGUCAUAUUGGACGGUCUCGUGGAAAGUCUACUGAGCUUAAGAAGCUGAGCGAAAUUCAUCAGCGCCUGGAGCAUUGGCAUAAGACACUGCCCAAGGAGUUUGAGCCAGCUGAAGGCCAGCUUCCCAAUGUCAUUCUCAUGCACAUGUUCUACCAUCUGCAAUAUAUUCAUUUGUUCCGUCCGUUCCUCAGGUACACCCCGUCAGCAUCUCCUCUCCCAGCUCACGUUUCUCCACGGAGAAUUUGCACGGCCAAUGCCGGGGCAAUUUCCAAGCUGAUGAGGCUGUACAAGAGGAUGUACGGCCUACGGCAGGUUUGCAAUAUUGCCGUAUACAUGAUUCAUAGCGCGUGCAUCAUUCACUUGCUGAAUCUCCCCGAAAAGUCCGCCAGGCGAGAUAUCAUCCAUGGCGUCAAGCAUUUGGAAGAGAUUGCGGAUGACUGGCUUUGUGCAUGCCGUACUUUAAGAAUUUUAAGUGUCCUUGCGAGGAAAUGGGGGUGCGAACUACCAGAAGACGCGGCAUUUGUCCUUAGGAGAGCCGAUGAGAAAUACGGAUAUUACAGUACAUCCGACGUGCCUUCUCCAGCAUCGAGCCACGCUACAUCGGGCGUAGUAUCCGAUGAUGCAACUUCAAGGGCACCAGGAGAGCACAGCCCUUUGGAACAGUUCGCUCAGGCAGCACAGGCAGCACAGGCAGCCGGCGGUGUCCGCCCGGGAUGUAUUGACGAGCGCAUGUCCCUACUGCAGCCAUCUCAGAUGACAGAAGGAGUGGCAGAUCAACUGUCUCAUCAAGAACGGGCUGCGCGGUCAGAGGUGGUGUCGCUUGGUGUCGGCGGCAACACCAUGGAGCCGUGGCUAGGCAAUGGCAACCCUGCUAGUGCAUCGCCAUCAGGCUUCGGGUCACCAUUCUGUCCAGUCGAUCAACAGGUAUCUAAACCACAGAACAUUCAUCAUGUCGUGCCGCCGCACGUAGCUGGGUCAGCUGGCAACGAACCUCCCAAUGGUCAGGACUGGAUGCUCAAUGAUGGAGCAAGGUGGCAACAGAGCUUUGAAAGUUGGGGGAUGGACGGUGGCGUCCCACCAAACGGGAUUUUCAUAUUCAACCAGCACCAAACCAACAACUUCAAUCAACCUACGGGAGGAUAUCGCAACGACCAGGGACAAGUGAUACUCGAAAAUCCGAACGCAUCAGUAAGUCAAAGUGGCUGGCUUCCUGGCUUGGACUGA